GACUCCAUUGAGCAUCCUGUCCCGGGCCAACGCGGAGCUCUGCCGGGCUGUCGCUCUGCUCUCCCGCUGUCAGACAUCGCGGAGGCCGCUGUUCUUGUGUGCUGGGGUCAACGGUGCCGCCGUCCAACCUGUGCGGGUGGGUCCGCUCGACGUACCGCGGAGGGAGGAGCGGCAGGCGGGUGUUCGGCUCAGUACCGCAGCUUUGCGGCAAAGCUAAAGCUAACCCGUGGAACUAAGGACAGGCGGCCACGCCACCGCAGGCGGCUCUCCGGGCUAUUUCGGGGCCGCUGCCCGCGCACACAUGCUCGGGGCGCCGGCAUAAAUCAAACCGAACCUUACCUACGAAUCGAGGUGUGGUGCCCCAACCGAACCGUCGCCACCGGAACGUCUGGAUACAAAGAGUAGCUCCGGGGAGGUUCUGCUGAAAAUGGACCUGAACUUUUACUCGGAUCUGACAGGCGGAACCGGGCAACACGGAGACUCGGAGUUCCUGGAUCCGCAGUCCUUCAACGGCUUUGACUCUGACGGCAAGUUCCCUGGAGGCAGCGACAACUACCUGACCAUCUCUGGAUCGGGCCAUCCUUUCCUCUCCUCCUCUGAGACGUUCCACACCCCGAGCCUCGGUGAUGAGGAGUUCGAGAUCCCUCCCAUUUCUCUGGACCCGGACUCGGCCCUCACCGUGUCGGACGUGGUGUCUCAUUUUUCAGAGCUGUCGGACGCAGGUCCCUCGGACAGCGUGGUUGUACCGGGGAACGCCGUGGUGGAGGGGGAUGACCCCUCCUUUGCCUCCACAUAUGUGAGCAACCCCUCCCAGGGGCUGGAGCACCUGGGUCUGAGCGUCAUGAACCAGACUGGAGGAGGGAACCUUCUAGGAUCUUCACUGGGAAUGGAUCUCAGUCAUCCCAUGGGCUCGCAGUUCAGCAGCUCUUCCCCGGUUACCAUUGACGUCCCGCUGGGGGACAUGGGCCAGGGGUUAUUAGGCUCUGGUCAGCUGACCACUAUUGACCAAUCAGAGCUCAGUGCACAUCUGGGCCUUGGCCUUGGGGGGAGCAACAUACUGCAGCAGCCCCAGUCGCCUGAAAAUCCUUUAUCAGCCACGGCGUCGCCCACCAGUUCGCUCCAGGACGACGACGUGGAUGACUUUAGGAGGAGCGUCCUCGUCGAGUCACCUGUCUCCCUGGCCGUCUCACCUGGCGUAAUCUCCCUCGAUCCCUCUGUGUCCCUGUCUCCCAUUUCUGCCCCGCCCACAAAUGUCUCUUCAUCUGUUGGGAGAAAAGGGGGAGGCGGAGGGAAGAAGGGGAAGAAGAAAAAAGACCCCAACGAGCCUCAGAAACCCGUGUCAGCCUACGCCCUGUUCUUCAGGGACACCCAGGCAGCUAUCAAAGGGCAGAACCCCAACGCCACUUUUGGAGAGGUCUCCAAGAUUGUGGCGUCCAUGUGGGACAGUCUGGGGGAGGAGCAGAAGCAGGUUUACAAGAGGAAAAAUGAAGCAGCCAAGAAGGAUUACUUCAAAGCGCUGGCAGAGUACCGGGACAGCCAGAACACCACCCAGGCCCCCAUAGAAGUCAUGGACACCGCUCCAUCGCCCCCACCUCCAGCCCCUGUCCCCGUCGCUGCUCCUGCAGUCCCCGCUGCACCUGCCACACCUCCAGCCCCCCGUGCCCCCAGGUCACAGCACUACAACCCAGAAGAGAACACCAUCACCAACAUCUGCACCUCCAACAUCAUCCUGGACCUGCCGCAGGUCACCACGCGCUCCCGCACCGGUGCCAUCAAGCCCCAGGCCCCACCCCCCAGCACCACGCCCAACCCCCCCACUGUCACAAAGAUCAUCAUUAAGCAGACGCCGCUGCCCUCCGGGGGAGUGUCUGUCACUGCCACUGCUGCCCCGUCGUCCCGCCAGCCACCGCCGCUGCAGCACAGGCAGAACACCCCGCCCCCUCCACGGCUGCAGCAGAUGGUACACGCCCAGGCCCCUCCGCCUCUGCAGCCCAAACCACGGGGCGGGGGCACAGCUGCCACCACUGCCCCACCCCCACUACAAUUUAAGGUCAUUCCUUCGUCCCGGCAGUCGGACUCUGCAAUCGCAGUGACGUCAGUGGGUGAGGGGGCAGCGUCUCCCUCGGGCAUGGUGGUGCAGGUGGGACAGAGCGGCGCCAUGCUGACAAGAGGGGAGGACGUGGCAGAACCAGAGGAGGGGAUGGAGGUGGAGGUGAGCGUGGCCCCCGCCCCCAGCAUAACCUCCACCUCCAGUCCAAACAUCUGCGUUCGAGCGGGCUGCACAAACCCCGCGGUGGAGAGUAAAGACUGGGACCGGGAGUACUGCAGCAACGAGUGUGUGGCCACCCACUGCAGAGACGUGUUCAUGGCCUGGUGUGCUAUCCGCGGGCAGAGCUCCACCACCGUCACAUAGGACCAGGACAAACCUGACAGCCGAGCACAGACAGAGUCCGACUCAGGGGCACCCGACAGCUGACUCCCGUCGUCCUGUCAGCGCGGGGACAAACGCUGAGCAGAAGAUCUUCACCACCUCUUUUCUGCAGAAACUCUUUGGUUUCAAACACUGCAAUUAUGAUGAUGGCCACUGAUCAUUUCAACUUCAGACUCAACAAAUUAUGAACUUCUGGUGUUUUUAAUUGUUUUGCAAAAAAAAAGAAAAUAUUGUUGUGGAUGAAUUCUUUAUUUUUAGGUGCUUUAAAAACUCAACUUUGUGUGUAUAAUCUUCCCUUUACUGUUACUAUGAGAACUAAUCAAUGUGAAGAGUUGUGUUGUUUGGGUGGCUGUGUUUGUGUUGAUGAGAAAAGACCAACAACUGCACAAAGCCCUAGAAGCUGAAAGAGAGCGAGGAGGACAAAAGUCCAGCUCGGCUUCAUGAAGAUUCUAACAGGUGCUAACCUUUCUGUUCUCAUGAAUCCCUUUUUAAAUUUCAUGCCAAGUUUGCUUUUAAGGGGAGAUUUGUGCUCAAAGGUCUUUUUUUUGAAGAGGUAAAUUUAAAUUAAAAGAGGUCAGCUCUGACAACACUACUUACCAUGAGGGAAAAACAGUUGUUUUCUUUGCAAACAUCAAUCGCGUUUGGCUGUGAAAGUAGUCCAACAGAGACUAAAUGCUUUGAAAAAAUAAAACUUCCCAAUGAGACUUAUUGAUGCAGUUAUUGGUCUGAUUUAUUGUACAUAUCAUGGAAAUGUUUUUAAUCAUGAAAUAAAAUAUUUUAUGUUGUAAUAUA